UGUCCGUUUAAGCCACAUCCAACGCCACAAGACACCGAUCCGGACAGCUCGCGCCGGUCGGCCCCACACCCCGCGGACCCCACCAUCAAAAAACCCCUGCUUCCUUUGACUUUGCUCGGGCGACGUCCAAAUCCUACCAACUUUUUGCGACCACAUCCCGCCCGAAAAUUCGAGCUCCCCGAACCGCGACCACUAGACGAACCGCCGAUUAGGUUGAAGCUCACUCAUAGCUACACGAACCGCGAGCGCCAUCCCCAACUCUGUGAUCAGGAACGAACACAUCGCGCCAGAGAAGCAAUGGCGUCUGCACAGCAGGUUCUGCUCUCCCCGGCAGAGCUCGCCUACCUGCACUCUACCCUCUCCCUCACGCCGCCCAUCCGCCCAGACGGCCGCAAGUCAAACCAGUUCCGCCCUCUCACCGCGGAGACGGGCAUUCUUCCAGGCACCAAUGGUAGCGCGCGCAUUUGCUUCUCCGACGGAACGGAGGCCAUCGUUGGCGUAAAGGCAGAGAUCGAGAAGACGAGCAGCCCGUUCGGCGCAGACGCAGACAGCGAAGAUGCGGCAGAGAAGAGGAAAGACGUAGACUCAGCAGCCAAGAAAGAGGAGAUCAAGGGCAACAAUGACUGGCUCGAGAUGACAGUUGAGAUCCCGGCCUCUAGAGAGGACGACGCCGCGACCGUGUUCCUCGCCAACAUGCUCAGCGAAGCGCUGCUGGCCGACGGGGAGUUCACCAAGAAGUUGCGGAUUAACAGUCGGUUCCACUGGAAGCUCUACCUAGAUAUCCUCCUCAUCUCCCCGCCCCUGUCCUACCCCCUCCCCCUCCUAUCACUCACAACUCACCUCGCGCUCCUCGCAACCCGCCUCCCGCGCCUCAAGUCAGAGGGCGACGAAGACCCCAUGUUCGACGACGACUGGGAGGCCUCCACGUUUCUGUACCCGCGCGACGGCAGCGCGCCGGUCGUCGGCUCGCGGCCGCCCAUAACACUGCUCGUCAUCGCCAUCGGCGGUAACGUCAUUUUCGACCCCGCGCGCGAGGAGCUCGCCGUGGCGGAGUCGGCGCUGGCAGUUUCGGUUGCCGAGGAGAAGACCGCAGCUGUGGCUGGCGGUAUGGACGUGGACGGUCGCCAGCUGAAGCUGCUCUCCGUGCGGACGGUUGACCCGCCUUCGCGACUGACAGCGCCCGGCGUGCCCAACUCGGUGAACCCGGCCACUGUCCUCGCUGGCACACCGUCAAAGGCACCGCCGGCUCCGCCGGCUGCGCAGGGCCAGGCGGCGGAGGGCGUUUGGAAGCCGCCUAUAGGAGGUAUCAAGGUGCACGUAAUCGAGGGGAUGAUCUCCAAGGUCCUGGAGAAGGGAGGCGUCGCAGAUGAGGUGCUGGAGGCCAUUGCCGCGGUGGAGCUGGCCUAG